UAAGAUUAUAAAGUUUUUGUUAAGAUUUGCAUAUAUAGGUGUUGUGUCCAUUCGCUUUUAUACUAUUUUAACGAUCGAAGGUAACGGAGAACUAUCAUCAUAUAGAAAAGCAUAUCAUAUUAUCUGUAAGAUAAUCAAUUCGAUCACAGAUUUAGCGUGGCUUUUUGACAAGAUGAACGCUUGGAUCGUAUUUUUGGCAGCCUUCGUGGCUUUUGCCGCGACUGUAAAAGCAGACAAAAAGAUCGUCUGUUACUUCGGUAGCUGGGCAGUCUAUCGACAAGAUGCAGGCAAAUUCGACAUUGAUGACAUCGAUCCAAAUCUCUGCACUCAUAUAAUUUACACAUUCAUUGGACUCAAUUCGGAUGGUAACGUUAGGAUUCUGGACCCUUGGCAAGAUCUUCCAGAUGAUUACGGAAAGAAUGGUUUCGGUAGAUUCAACAAUCUCCGUAAGAACAACACUAAUAUAAAAACUAUGAUCGCUAUCGGUGGAUGGAAUGAGGGUUCUGUCAAAUACUCUAACGUUGUUGCCAAUCCUACCCUUCGCGCUAAGUUUGUUAACUCGGUGGUCCAAUUCUUAAAGAAGUAUGGCUUUGACGGUUUUGAUGUUGAUUGGGAAUACCCAAAUCAACGUGGUGGCAAGCCUGCAGAUAAACAAAAUUAUAUUAGCCUUUUGAAAGAACUUCGAGAGAAAUUUGACCAACAUGGAUACAUUCUUAGUGCGGCUGUCGGUGCUGCUGCAACUUCCGCUCGUCAAUCUUAUAUAAUAUCUGAGAUGUGCAAAUACUUGAACUUUAUCAAUCUUAUGACUUACGAUCUUCACGGUUCUUGGGAAUCUACCACUGGAAUCAAUUCUCCUCUCUAUGCAAAAAAGGGUGCGUCUGCUAAUAACGCUCAAUUCACUGUUGACGCAUCUGUAAAAUACUGGUUAUCACAAGGUGCUCCUCCUGAAAAAUUGAUUCUUGGGGUACCUUUCUAUGGUAGAUCUUUUACUCUUAAAAAUCCUCAACAACAUGAUGUCGGAUCACCAAGUACUGGAGCAGGAAUCGCGGGACCAUACACUAAUGAACCUGGAAUGUUAGGAUAUAAUGAAAUUUGCACAGAACUAAAAAAUGGUAAAUGGAACAUUGUUUACGACAAAGAACAGCGCGCACCUUAUGCAUAUAAGGAUAAUCAAUGGGUAGGGUAUGAUGACGUUCAAUCUUUGAAGGAAAAGGCUGAAUAUGCUAAGGCUAAUGGUCUUGGUGGUGCUAUGUUAUGGAGUAUUGAAACUGAUGACUUCCAUGGUGCAUGCGGAGAAAAAUAUCCUCUUUUGAAAAUUUUGAAUAAUGUUUUGCGAAAUGGUCCACCUUUAACAUCCACACCAACUACACCAACAAAAACAACUACAUCAAUUACACCAACAAAAACAACUACAUCAAUUACACCAACAAAAACAACUACACCAACCGACAUAACUAAGCCUACCAACCCACCAAUGUCCUGAAGGGACUGUUUUUGACCCAACUAUAUCAAGCUGCAACUACCGAAAUGCAGUUCGAUGUUGAUGACCGUAGAUCAAAUUAAAAUGAUAUUUGCAGGAA